GAGUGUGUAUAGAAGAGUGUGUCCAUUUCACAAUGCAGAAGGAUCCAGUCCUCUCCCUGGGUACUGAGUGGGAAACAUCGAGCUGGGAGACACAAUCCAAGCGGCAUAGCCCAACCUGAAGGGACAAAGAUGGAAAGAACAGUACUGGAUGGAAGCGUAAGGCGACGCUGAUGCAGGACUGAAGUAACUACGACAACAGAUGCAAUCUGUGGAUUACGAAGGACGCAGUGACAGAAGGGAUAAGGGGACCACUCUAAACCCCCCAGCCAAUGUGAUGAGCGGAGCUCUGUGCCGAACUGAAGCACCACAGCAGUCUUGUUACAGCCGAACCGAAGCCGGUGUGGCUGUGGCUUCCCCACAGAGGGAGCAGAGGCACUCUAACUGUUUGCUGGCCAGGCACAAUGAGGCGGCUGAGGAAAUGGCUGGGGAGACUGCUCUCCACGCUGCACCCCAGCGACCGGCACCCACAGUGGGGUGUGUCUGACACUCGUAAAAGCGCUGCAGGUGGAACAUGGUCCCAGAACACAACUUCUGCUGGCAGAAAGCUUUUGUGGCCAAAGCUGGACCGAGGGUCGAGCCGUUUGGGAGGGUCUUGCAAAAGGAGACUCAUCCAAAAGGGGACAUUGGACAAGACAAAAGAAGACACAUUUGACCCACCAGGCUUUAACGCUAUCAUCCAAGUGGACAUGGAGGAGGCAAAAAUGCAGACGACCCCCAAACCCAACGUUGUCCCGAGGGCUCAAAGGCGCAGUUCCCGAAGGGUAUCGGUCGCGGCCACACCCACACGGCAUAAGAAGGUUUCCCAUAGAAAGAAAUGCAAGACUUUCAGUUUCCGGAAGAGAAAAAAACCAGUGGAACACAGGAGAAAACAGUCAGUUCUGACCAUAGUGAAACUACAGAGCCAAAUAGAUGGUCUGGUGGAGACCAUGGCAGACAGCUCCAUGCAGCUACUGGCCAAAAGACAGGCGGAGCUGGAACACUGCGAGCGCAUGGGAGAACGGAUUCUGGAUGCCAGCAAACAAUUCCAGAGGGUAACUAGCAAGGGAUCGCGAAGACACAGGUGGAGGAACGCCUGCGUCCUCUGCACAUGCUGUUGCUAGAGGCAUUAUACUGCAUGAUAGAGCAUGCAGUACUGUGCAAAAGUCAGGACCACUCUUUCAGUUAUUCAGUCUCCAUUGAAAUUCAGAGCAAUAUUCUUUUUUUCCCAGUGUCAGACAAUGCAGGAGACAUAUUUAACAGAAAACUGCAGAAAAGGCUGCACCAUUACAUGUAUCAGAUCUAGCAGUAUUUGUCCACUCUUUCUUUUGUGCACUGUGACAACUUUUCUUCCAUCCUUUUAAGUUACACCUGCACCCUCCCAACAACAGUUGUGACCAAACGGUCAAUGACAUCGUUAGAAAAACGCAAACACAUCUCUGCUGCCUUGCAUAUUUCUUUGUCAUGUGCAUCUAAAAUGACUACAGGACAUAUUCCUGAUGAGAUUAUAAUUAAGAUAAUUCAAAGGCAUAAGCAAGGUGAAAAUCAAAGGAAAAUAAGCGAAACCAUUUUAACAUUUUAUUUGUGCACAAAUGUAUUUUAAGCUAAUAAAAAAACAAGUUCAUAUUUUCAGUAUAAAAAUGUUUUAAGAACACAAGAAAAAAAAUUAACACCAACUGAAAUUAUUCUAGCAUAUGGUUGUACAGAAGGAACAGAGAUUGUAGAAGAGUUCCCGCUCAGUUAUCCAUUGGACUUCCCUGGGACUCCUCAUUUUCAGACUUCUC